ACUACAUCAUGUACGCAUCUCAAAGCCAGAGAUGUCAUCAUUCACUUACAAGUCCACAGGAAUCGCACACUCUCUAUUCGCUCUCGUAAAGAGCCGCGUCACCGCUUCAGUGUCAAUACCUUCCGCGGAAUGACCGGUCCCGAGCUGAGCCGCAAGUUGAGCCGACUGAUAAAGAGCGAGAACAGCGCCAUCGGCGCAUAUGAGGCCGCCGGUCGUGAGCGCAGCUCGAUCGCAUCUCAACUGUCCGAGUGGGGCGAAUCCACCGAAGACGAUGCCGUCUCCGACAUCUCCGACAAGUUGGGUGUAAUGAUGGCCGAGAUGGGCGAGCAAGAGGACAUCUUUGCGCAGAACCUCGAAGACUACCGGGGCACGCUGAAGCACGUCCGUAACAUGGAGAGCUCGGUCCAGCCUAGCCGCGACCAGCGCCAGAAGGUUACCGAUGAGAUUGCCAAGCUCAAGUACAAGGAUCCUCAGAGCACGCGUCUGGUUACUUUGGAGCAUGAGCUUGUGCGCGCCGAGGCGCAGAAUCUCGUUGCUGAGGCCCAGUUGUCCAACACUACCCGCACAAAGCUCAAGGAGGCCUUUGACAUCCACCUGGCUGCGGUGGUUGAGCGCGCCGAGAAGCAGAUUAUUCUCGCUAACCAUGCCCGCCGCCUGCUCAACUACGUCGACGACACCCCCGUGGUGCCUGGCGAUGCCCGCAAGGCUUAUGAGCACGAAAUGGAUGCCCGCGCGGUUCUCGAAGAUGCCGAGAAUGACCUCCGCAACUGGCGUCCCAGCGUCGAGCCCAUCACCUCCUAUGCGGAACAAGAGGUCCCCGUCCAUGGCAAUGGCAGUACCGAACAUGAACCCGUUAUCAACGAAGAGGUUGAGACCGACUCCUUCGUUAACGAGGAGGCAUCGACCCUCAGCAGCAAGAAGCAGCUUAACGAACCCCAGGCGUCCAUGUCGGAGGCGCAGGCAGUCCCUCUCGCCAGUUAA